CAGGAAGGAAGCAAGGAGAUGGAUCCAGCAGCAGCAGAGGAGACGACGACGGUGCUGGGCGCGUACGCCGGCCCAGCCCGGCCGGUCGAGACCGCGUCGGGGGAGACGAUGCUCCUGUGGUCGCUGGGCCAGCCGGCGUCUCACCGGCCCAACGCCUUCGUCCGCCACGGCGCGGCCGCCUUCGCCCUCGACGCCUGCGGCCGCCGCGUGACGCUCCUCCAGUCGCCGUCCUCCUUCAUGGCCGCGUCGGGCGUCACGGGCGCCGUCGUCUGGGACAGCGCCGUCGUGCUCGCCAAGUUCCUCGAGCACGCCGCCGCCGACACCGGGGCCCUCAAGGGGCUCCGCGGCGGCCGCGCCCUGGAGCUCGGCGCCGGCUGCGGCCUCGUCGGGAUCGUGGCGGCGCUGCUCGGCGCGCGCGUCGUCGCCACCGACCUCCAUGACCGGCUCAGGCUGCUCGCCAAGAACAUCGAGCAGAACCUCGAUUCGUCGAGCUGCUGGGGCGGCGGCUCUGCGCAGGCCGCCGAGCUCGUGUGGGGCGACGAGGAUCCUGUCUUGGACGACGACGGCAGCCAUGAUUUCGACUUCAUCCUGGGCUCCGACGUGGUCUACAGCGAGGAGGCGGUGGACCCGCUCGUGGCCACGCUCAACGGCCUCGCCGGCGACCGCACCACCAUACUGCUCGCCGGAGAACUCCGCAACGACGUGGUGCUGGAGUGCUUCUUGGAGGCGGCCAUGGAGGACUUCGACAUUGGCAGCAUCCAGCAAGAGCAGUGGCACCCUGAUUUCCGCACCAAUCGCGUCGCCAUUUUCAUCCUCGUCAAGAAACCCAAACCACAACCACAAGAAGAAUCCAUCUAAUUAACUACUCCGUCCCAUCCAUCAUUGUAAUGCCACUGUACUUGAUGAUUCGUGUCUGUCCACAAGCUUAAUUGGCACGACUGAGAAAUGCCAUGUCAUGCCAUGGCUUUGCGUAAUUCGAUCACUAAAGAUGUAGAAAUUGAGAUUUCUGCUC